AUGUCGUUAUUCCGAAUCAGUGAGUGGUAUUCGAAUCUCUAUCCAAAUGCUUCAUGUAUCAGCGUUGGAGCACUCAUUGAAACCCGAGAUCAGUUGCUUAUUGGCGGUGAAGAUGGUGUGCUGUCGAUACUCGACCCAGGCGGGAGUGAAAAAGAUCCAAUCCUUCUCGAGCAGCCCAUAGGACGACCCAUUAUCGAUAUUAUUGUUGGCGAAUUCCUAGCUUCUGCUGGAACCGUAUUGGCGGUGUUGACUCCAUACAGCCUGACAUACUUCAAGCUCCGUCACGAUGCGGCGGACCUGUCACGAACGAAAUUGGAAGAGAUGUUCUCGCAUCAGACGCCCGAGCAUGCCUAUAACAUGUGCACGAUUCCCUCCUCGGGCUCUCAGCAGCUGCUCGUACAGUCCAUCGGUUGCGUCCUCACUCUUUACCAUGGUGAGUCUGAGCAUUCAUGA